AUGACUUCCCCCUCACCCCUCACCUUGUUGAGUCCCCUGUUUCUCACGGAAACUACCUGCUGUCUCACCCCUCUCACAUCAGCUCAUCCCCUCUACUUCCAUUCCACACCAGCUCAUCCCUCUACUUCAAUUCCACACCAGCUCACCUCUCUCACAUCAGCUCAUCCCCUCUACUUCCAUUCCACACCAGCUCAUCCCUCUACUUCCAUUCCACACCAGCUCACCCCUCUCACAUCAGCUCAUCCCCUCUACUUCCAUUCCACACCAGCUCAUCCCUCUACUUCCAUUCCACACCAGCUCACCCCUCUCACAUCAGCUCAUCCCCUCUACUUCCAUUCCACACCAGCUCAUCCCUCUCACAUCAGCUCAUUCCCUCUACUUCCAUUCCACACCAGCUUACCCCUCUCACAUCAGCUCAUUCCCUCUACUUCCAUUCCACACCAGCUUAACCCUCUACUUCCAUUCCACACCAGCUCACCCCUCUCACAUCAGCUCAUCCCUCUACUUCCAUUCCACACCAGCUUACCCCUCUCACAUCAGCUCAUUCCCUCUACUUCCAUUCCACACCAGCUUAACCCUCUACUUCCAUUCCACACCAGCUCACCCCUCUCACACCAGCUCACCCCUCUACUUCCAUUCCACACCAGCUUACCCCUCUCACAUCAGCUCAUCCCUCUACUUCCAUUCCACACCAGCUCACCCCUCUCACAUCAGCUCAUCCCCUCUACUUCCAUUCCACACCAGCUCACCCCUCUCACAUCAGCUCAUUCCCUCUACUUCCAUUCCACACCAGCUCAUCCCUCUCACAUCAGCUUACCCCCUCUACUUCCAUUCCACACCAGCUCACCCCUCUCAUAUCAGCUCACCCCUCUCACAUCAGCUCAUCCCCUCUACUUCCAUUCCACACCAGCUCAUCCCUCUCACAUCAGCUUACCCCUCUACUUCCAUUCCACACCAGCUCACCCCUCUCACAUCAGCUCACCCCUCUACUUCCAUUCCACACCAGCUCAUCCCUCUCACAUCAGCUUACCCCUCUCACAUCAGCUCAUCCCCUCUACUUCCAUUCCACACCAGCUCAUCCCUCUCACAUCAGCUUACCCCUCUACUUCCAUUCCACACCAGCUCACCCCUCUCAUAUCAGCUCAUCCCCUCUACUUCCAUUCCACACCAGCUCACCCCUCUCACAUCAGCUCAUCCCCUCUACUUCCAUUCCACACCAGCUCACCCCUCUUACAUCAGCUCAUCCCCUCUACUUCCAUUCCACACCAGCUCACCCCUCUCACAUCAGCUCAUCCCCUCUACUUCCAUUCCACACCAGCUCACCCCUCUUACAUCAGCUCAUCCCCUCUACUUCCAUUCCACACCAGCUCACCCCUCUCACAUCAGCUUACCCCCUCUACUUCCAUUCCACACCAGCUCACCCCUCUCACAUCAGCUUACCCCUCUCACAUCAGCUCACCCCUCUCAUAUCAGCUCAUCCCCUCUACUUCCAUUCCACACCAGCUCACCCCUCUCACAUCAGCUCAUCCCCUCUACUUCCAUUCCACACCAGCUCAUCCCUCUCACAUCAGCUUACCCCUCUACUUCCAUUCCACACCAGCUCACCCCUCUCACAUCAGCUCAUCCCCUCUACUUCCAUUCCACACCAGCUCAUCCCUCUCACAUCAGCUUACCCCUCUACUUCCAUUCCACACCAGCUCACCCCUCUCACAUCAGCUCAUCCCCUCUACUUCCAUUCCACACCAGCUCAUCCCUCUCACAUCAGCUUACCCCUCUACUUCCAUUCCACACCAGCUUACCCCUCUCACAUCAGCUCACCCCCUCUACUUCCAUUCCACACCAGCUCAUCCCUCUCACAUCACUCACCCCUCUCACAUCAGCUCACCCCCUCUACUUCCAUUCCACACCAGCUCACCCCUCUCACAUCAGCUCACCCCCUCUACUUCCAUUCCACACCAGCUCAUCCCUCUCACAUCAGCUCAUCCCCUCUACUUCCAUUCCACACCAGCUCACCCCUCUCACAUCAGCUCAUUCCCUCUACUUCCAUUCCACACCAGCUUAACCCUCUACUUCCAUUCCACACCAGCUCACCCCUCUCACAUCAGCUCACCCCUCUACUUCCAUUCCACACCAGCUCACCCCUCUCACAUCAGCUCAUCCCCUCUACUUCCAUUCCACACCAGCUCAUCCCUCUCACAUCAGCUCAUCCCCUCUACUUCCAUUCCACACCAGCUUAACCCUCUCACAUCAGCUCAUCCCCUCUACUUCCAUUCCACACCAGCUCAUCCCUCUCACAUCAGCUCAUCCCCUCUACUUCCAUUCCACACCAGCUCAUCCCUCUCACAUCAGCUUACCCCUCUACUUCCAUUCCACACCAGCUCACCCCUCUCACAUCAGCUCAUCCCCUCUACUUCCAUUCCACACCAGCUCAUCCCUCUCACAUCAGCUUACCCCUCUACUUCCAUUCCACACCAGCUCACCCCUCUCACAUCAGCUCACCCCUCUACUUCCAUUCCACACCAGCUCACCCCUCUCAUAUCAGCUCACCCCUCUACUUCCAUUCCACACCAGCUUACCCCUCUCACAUCAGCUCACCCCUCUGCUUCCAUUCCACACCAGCUCACCCCUCUCACAUCAGCUCAUCCCCUCUACUUCCAUUCCACACCAGCUUACCCCUCUCAUAUCAGCUCAUCCCCUCUACUUCCAUUCCACACCAGCUCACCCCUCUCACAUCAGCUCACCCCCUCUACUUCCAUUCCACACCAGCUCACCCCUCUACUUCCAUUCCACACCAGCUCACCCCCUCACAUCAGCUCACCCCUCUACUUCCAUUCCACACCAGCUCACCCCUCUCACAUCAGCUCAUCCCCUCUACUUCCAUUCCACACCAGCUCACCCCUCUACUUCCAUUCCACACCAGCUCACCCCCUCACAUCAGCUCACCCCUCUACUUCCAUUCCACACCAGCUCACCCCUCUCACAUCAGCUCAUCCCCUCUACUUCCAUUCCACACCAGCUUACCCCUCUCACAUCAGCUCAUCCCCUCUACUUCCAUUCCACACCAGCUUAACCCUCUCACAUCAGCUUACCCCCUCUACUUCCAUUCCACACCAGCUCACCCCUCUACUUCCAUUCCACACCAGCUCACCCCUCUCACAUCAGCUCAUCCCCUCUACUUCCAUUCCACACCAGCUCACCCCUCUCACAUCAGCUCAUCCCCUCUACUUCCAUUCCACAUCAGCUCACCCCUUUUACAUCAGCUCAUCCCCUCUACUUCCAUUCCACACCAGCUCACCCCUCUCAUAUCAGCUCACCCCUCUCACAUCAGCUCAUCCCCUCUACUUCCAUUCCACACCAGCUCACCCCUCUACUUCCAUUCCACACCAGCUCACCCCUCUCACAUCAGCUCAUCCCCUCUACUUCCAUUCCACACCAGCUCACCCCUCUCACAUCAGCUCAUCCCCUCUACUUCCAUUCCACAUCAGCUCACCCCUCUUACAUCAGCUCAUCCCCUCUACUUCCAUUCCACACCAGCUCACCCCUCUCAUAUCAGCUCACCCCUCUCACAUCAGCUCAUCCCCUCUACUUCCAUUCCACACCAGCUCACCCCUCUCACAUCAGCUCAUCCCCUCUACUUCCAUUCCACACCAGCUCACCCUUUUCACAUCAGCUCACCCCUCUACUUCCAUUCCACACCAGCUUACCCCCUCUACUUCCAUUCCACACCAGCUUACCCCUCUCACACCAGCUUACCCCUCUACUUCCAUUCCACACCAGCUCACCCCUCUCACAUCAGCUCAUCCCCUCUACUUCCAUUCCACAUCAGCUCAUCCCUCUCACAUCAGCUCAUCCCCUCUACUUCCAUUCCACACCAGCUUACCCCUCUACUUCCAUUCCACACCAGCUCACCCCUCUCACAUCAGCUCAUUCCCUCUACUUCCAUUCCACAUCAGCUCAUCCCUCUCACAUCAGCUCAUCCCCUCUACUUCCAUUCCACACCAGCUAAUCCCUCUACUUCAAUUCCACACCAGCUCACCUCUCUCACAUCAGUUCACCUCUCUACUUCCAUUCCACACCAGCUCACCCAUCUCACAUCAGCUCACCCCUCUACUUCCAUUCCACACCAGCUCACCCCUUUACUUCCAUUCCACAUCAGCUCACCCCUCUACUUCACUCCACAUCAGCACACCCCCUCUACAUAUAUACCCACACAAGCUCACCUCCUCGACUUCCACACCAGCUCACCCCACCCCUCCACACUAA